AUGUUCGAUGCAUGUAAAAUAAAUAGUAAUUGUUGCCAUGAUGAUCCAGAGGAAGAUAAUAAAUAUAAAAAGGAUGAAAAUGAUUUUAUUUAUGAAAAAAGUAUGGGGGCAAAUACGAAGGAGUUAAAAAGCAUGAGGUCAAAUGCGAGGGAAUUAAAAAACAUGAUGUCAAAUACGAAGGAAUUAAAAAACAUUAUCGAGGGAAAACCAGAUAUGACAAAAUCUGUGGAAAUUAGUCAGCACACAGAAAGAGAAUAUGUGGCUAUAACAGCUUAUCAGCCUGUUGAUAUUGUAACAAAAACAGUGGAAGUCCCCUUUGUUAGAACAAUAGAAACAAUUAUUCCAAAAAUAACAUAUGAAAGUAAAAUUAGAGAGGUUCCAAAAUAUUACUCUAAGUUUGUUGAGAAGGUUGUGGAAGUCCCAGAGGUAAAAUUUGUUGAUAAAAUUGUAGACGUCCCGAGAAUACAAUAUGUUUACAAAUAUGCUCCGAAGGUUGAAAUUAAAGAGAAUAUUAUAAAACGGCCAGUUAUAGAAAAAAAAUUUAUUGAAAAAUUUGUUGAGGUUCCAGAAUUUAAGGAGGUUAAGCGGUUUCAGGAAGUAGAGACUGUGGAAUAUGUGAUCAAGUACGUGCCCAAAGGGAGUAAGGGUGAAAAUGAUGGAGAAGAAAAAGUAGCAGAUAAGGAGGGAGAAGAAAAAAGUGAAAAGGAUCAAAUUGAGGAAAAUAAUGUAGAGGAUGAAGAAGAAAGUAAUAAAAAGGAUACGAAACUCGUUAGAAAUGUUUCUAUAGAUAAUGAUAUGAAUACAGUUAUUGGAAAAGAUAUGAUGAUAAAUCAAGAAGAUAUAUGUACAGGUGUUCAACAAAUAUAUCCAUAUAUGUUUACAAGAUCAAUGAAUGAAUCUGGGAUGGUUAUAAAUUCGAAUAGACAUUCAAAUUUAGAUAUGGGUGAUAAUAUAGAAACUGUUCAAAUAAAUGAAAAUAGGAAUUCAAUUAUGGCUACUCCUAGAAUUGAACAAGUAUUUAAACCAAAGAUUGUUAAAAAUAUUGAAGUACAAAAGCAUGUACCUAUUUCUGUUGAUGUUCCAAUACCAUAUAUGGUUCCAAAACCUAUAGUUGUUAAUGUAGAUGUGCCUGUAUUAAAAUUUCGAGACACAUUUGUACCUGUACCAGUCAGGAGAAAAAUCAUACCAAAAAUAAAAUGGAUCUCUGAUGUAUAUCAAGUUGAUUGUAUUAAAGAAAGACCAUAUUUAAAAAUCCAAGACAUAAUUAAACCAGUACCUUGUGAUAUUGAAAUUAAACAUAAAAAGUUUAUGGAGAGAGCAUGUGCUGUUAAUCCAAAUGAAUUACCACAAGAUGAUGUUCAUGCAAUGUGGAUUAGAGUCAAUGCUCAUUUAGCUGAACAAAAGAAAAAAGAGUAUGGACAUUUAUAUCCUUAUUAUAGAAGUGAGUCUCGGGCUUAUGAAAAUGUCUUCGAAAUGACAGAGGAGUACAAAAUCUCGAGCGAAGGAAAAGAAACAGAGGAGAGAGAAAUUGAAAAGGAGAACUUUGUGAGUUGUGAAGUGGAUAAAAUGGAAUCAAAAAAAGAAGAAGACAAAAAUGAGGAUGGAAAUACUUUUGAGGCAAUAGAGGGUAGAAGUGAGAACGUAGAAAAUGCAGAAAUGAGUGAAAAAGUAGAAGUGAGUGAAAAUGCGGAAGUAGGAGAAAAAGUAGAAAUUGAAGAAGGACGGGAAAAUAUGGAGGUAUCUGAAAGGAAAAUUAAUGGAGAGGAAGAGGACGUUAGAGAAAAUGUGUUUUGCAAGACGAGCGAAGGGAAUGAUAUUUCUUUUAUGGAAGAUGGUAUGGUUUAUAAUAUAGAAGGUUUUAAUAAUUUUAUGAGUGAAAAUAAUUUAGAAGAAGAACCAGUUGCAUGUUUAUCCCAAAAUCAUCCACUUGCUAUGACAUAUUUACAAAAUAAAUGGAUAUCUACAGAUACAUUAAGAACACAUGAACUUUAUAAUUAUAAUUUUAUUAAUGCAAGUGUAAAUUCUAAUAUAAAUUUACAAAAUCGAAAUAGUUUUACAACAGAUUUAAUGCAAAAUAAAGAUUUUUUAAAAUCAGCACAUCAUAUUAUUUCACCAUUUAAGCCAGAAAAUAUAAAAAAUAUAGAAAAUUGUUAUAAUCGAAUAAUUAUGAAAAAUAUUCAAGAAGAAAAUAAUAAACAUGUACAAGACAGAUAUAAUAAAACAAAUUUUCAUUCCAAUAUUAACACCGAAUUUAUUAAUGAAAAAAAUAUGAACAGUUCAGAAAAAAAAAAGUGUAAUCAUUCUGAAGACAAAUGUUGUAAUUAUUUUUGUGGUCAAGAUAAAUAA